UGGGCGAAGGGUGGUGUUCUCCUGGAGGGGGCAAGGGAGAGUGUGUUUGUGACCACAGCAGACCACUCCUUCCACACCGAGCCGGUCUCCUGCUCAGUGUUCAACGCUGUGGGACACACCAACCUCAGCAUCGUGGUCGAUGUACACUGUGAGUCUGACUAUUAGAUAGAUUUUAUUGUCCUCCGAAGAGGAAAUUCAUUUCCACAGCUCAUACAUUUACAUAUCAAGACCAACAAACACAUCACCUAGAUUUGUCAUUUACAGUUCGAUACCUCCAUACACUUAAGACAGCAGAUAAACAGACAGAAGACUGAGACCGCACAUUAGUCUGUUGUUUGUUUAUCUGCUUUCUUAUCUAGUGUAUCUGUCUGUCCGUCCGUCCAUCCCAGAGGAUGCAGUCUUGAAGGAGUUCCCACAUAUGCUGAGCACUUGUUGGCUGCUUUUCCUUCACUCUGCUGUCCGACUCAUCCCAAACCAUCUCAAUUGGGUUGAAGUCGGGAGAUUGUGGAGGCCAGGUCAUCUGAUGCAGCACUCAUCACUCUCCUUCUUGGUAAAAUAGCCCUUAUACAGCCUGGAGGUGUUUUGUGUGAUUGUCCUGUUGAAAAACAAAUGAUAGUCCCACUAAGCGCAAACCAGAUUGGAUGGCAUAUUGCUGCAGAAUGCUGUGGGAGCCAUGCUGGUUAAGUGUGCCUUGAAUAAAUCACUGAUUGUGUCACCAGCAAAGCACCCCCUCACCAUCACACCUCCUCCUCCAUGCUUCACGGUGGGAACCACACGUGCAGAGAUCAUCCGUUCACCUACUCUGCGUCUCACAAAGACACGUUUUUGGAACCAAAAAUCUCAAAGUUGGACUCAUCAGACCAAAGGACAGAUUUCCACCGGUCUAAUGUCCAUUGCUCGUGUUUCUUGGCCCAAGCAAGUCUCUUCUUAUUAUUGGUGUCCUUUAGUAGUGGUUUCUUUGCAGCAAUUCGACCAUGAAGGCCUGAUUCACACAGUCUCCUCUGAACAGUUGUUGAGAUGUGUCUGUUACUUGAACUCUGUGAAGCAUUUAUUUGGGCUGCAAUUUCUGAGGCUGAUAACUCUAAUGAACUUAUCCUCUGCAGCAGAGGUAACUCUGGGUCUUCCAUUCCUGUGGCGGUCCUCAUGAGAGCCAGUUUCAUCAUAGCUCUUGAUGGUUUUUGUGACUGCACUUGAAGAAACUUUAAAAGUUCUUGAAAUGUUCCACAUUGACUGACCUUCAUGUCUUAAAGUAAUGAUGGACUGUCGUUUCUCUUUGCAUAUUUGAGCUGUUCUUGCCAUAAUAUGGACUUGGUAUUUACCAAAUAGGGCUAUCUUCUGUAUACCACCCCUACCUUGUCAUAACAAAACUGAUUGGCUCAAACGCAUUAAGAAGGAAAGAAAUUCCACAAAUUAACUUUUAACAAGGCACACCUGUUAAUUGAAAUGCAUUCCAGGGUACUACCUCAUGAAGCUGGUUGAGAGAAUACCAAGCGUGUGCAAAGCUGUCAACAAGGCAAAGGGUGGCUACUUUGAAGUAUCUCAAAUAUAACAUAUAUUUUGAUUUGUUUAUCACUUUUUUGGUUACUACAUGAUUCCAUAUGUGUUAUUCAUAGUAUUGAUUAUUCUACAAUGUAGAAAAUAGUAAAAAUAAAGAAAAACCCUGGAUUGAGUAGGAGUGUCCAAACUUUUGACCAGUACUGUAUGUCUGUCUUUAUACGUUUCUAACUACUGUAUCUGUCUGUCUGUCAGAUGGUCCUAUCCUGAAGGGGGCGCCCACACCAAUUACAGUGGACAUUGACUCUGACGCCAAACUCAACUGCAAGUGGGCCGGGAACCCUCCACUCACACUCACCUGGACCAAGAAGGGAUCUAGCAUGGUGAGAAUUGAGAAGCUAUCCUCUACUGUAAUUCCUGGGUUGGGGUCAAUUCCAUUUAAAUUAUUUCAAUUCAGGAAGUGAUUCUAAUUCACAUUUUUCUCAAUGCUUGUCUAUGAGAAAAAAUGGGGAAUUGGAAUUUCAGUUGACUUCCUCAAUUGACUGAACUAAAAUGGAAUUGACCCCAAAGCUACUGCUAUCCUGGACCCUGAAACCCCAUAUCAUGGACUCCAUAUCCAUGCUACCAGUGCUUGACUCGGACUGAAAUAGGUGCCAGAUGUAACUCAUUUUGGAUGCCGGUACUCUUUAUAUUUAGUUCCUGGUAAUCAUUAUAUUUUUAUGUCAAUUUUGCCAUUACUCAGCACCGGUGUGUAGCCCACCGGCCCAAUUUAAACACUGCAUGCUACCAAUACCCUAAACCCAUAAAAGCAGCACUACAUUGAACCUUGUCCCGCCUGAACUUCUUACUCUCCCCAAACCUAAAUAUAACACCCCCUAACACAACUAAUGUUGAACUCCUAACCUAUGCCCUAAAUAUUGUAUUAAUGCUUUAUAACUAAUUAAGAAACACUUCAGGAAAUGUAUUGUAGCCUGCUGCUGAGAAAAUCAACAUGUUUUAUGAAUUAAAUAUCUCCCUCCCUCCCUUUACAACUCGGUUCCAUCUAACCUCCCUCCCGUACGUGUGUGUGUGCGUGCGUGUGUGUGUGUGUGCCCUUUUCAGGUGCUUAGUAACAACGAGGAGCUUGUCCUGAAGUCAGUGAGCCAGGCAGACGCGGGCCAGUAUAUGUGUAAGGCUAUCGUCCCCAGGAUCGGAGUGCGAGAGACUGAGGUCAAUCUUAUAGUCAACGGUCAGUUACAGUACAGCCGUGUAUAGUGUACACACACAGACACACACACACAUACAGUGUUACUUUUAACAUUACUACCCUUUUGAUUCUGCUGUUACUACUUCUGGGCCCAUAUUCAUAAAGUAUCUCCGAGUAGGAGUGCUGAAAUAGGAUCAGGUCCCCCCUGUCCAUUCAGUUACCACUUCCACCACUAAUGUCCCAUCAUAAUCACUCAUUUUGUCAUGAGUGGAGUCUAAAUUGCUGUAUUUGUCUGUUUCCCCCAGGCCCUCCCAUCAUCUCCAGCGAACCAGUGCAGUACGCAGUGAGAGGGGAGAGAGGGGAGGUCAAGUGCUAUAUCGCUAGCACCCCUCCACCAGAUAAGAUUGUGAGUGAAGUGAACUCCUGUGAUAUCCUGUGAAAUAUCUGUAACACUUUAUAAUAACUUUCAUGUGUAUGCAUAUAUAAAUGCUUAUAAAUGCUUUGUAAAUGGUAUAAUUUCUUAUUAAUUGUAAGGCUUUGUGAAAAGAGAGAGUGAAUGAAUGAAUAAGAGCUCUACUGACGACAUGGGGUUGACAGAUAGAGUGUGAGAGGGGGAUGAUGUGAGAGUGAAGGGGAGAGUAACAUUUUGUACCUUUCACUAUCGAUUAUCCACUACACCAGCAGAGACAUGACAGAAAUCUGUGCUUUAUUAAAAAAGUAUCCACUCCCGCCUUUAGUGGCUGCAUCCCAAAUGUCACCAUAUUCCCUUUAUAGUGCACUACUUUUGAACAGAGCUCGGUCAAAAGUAGUGCACUAUAAAGGGAAUAGUGUGCCAUUUGUGACACAGCCAGUGGGUGCUUGGCACAUAUAAUGUGAUACGACAUUAUAGUUUUAGCUUAAUGCAGAGAAAGAGGACCUAUGAAAUAUGAAGUAUGGCGCUGUGUGAGAAAGGGGACUGGGGAAUGGGAGGGAGGGGAGAGGAUGAGUUCAAAUCUUUUGUUUCUUUUUCCGCCUCCUCCAGUCGCUUUACCUUUUUCAUUUUUUGGGGUUAAAAGGUACAUUAGCACAACAUGUGGGACUUUGCAUAUUUUAUGUAUUCAUGUUCCAUAUUUAAUAGUUUAACUACUUCAGCAGAUUUUAAGUAGAAAAACCUGCUAGACUCUUUAUUGCUCAUGUACACCUGCCUCGACCGGGUGUGUGUCUGCAUGCAUGCGUGUGUGUCUCUAUGUGUCCUUGGGUGUGUUUGUGUAAAAGGCACGGAACCCAAUGUAUUGUGUGUGUGUGUGUGUGUGUGGGGGGGGGGGGGGGGGUGUAUGGUUAUAUGAGUACUUAUAUGUUGUGUUUGAAUAUACAGUAGGGCUGUAUAGAUAUAGAUUUUCUAUUCUCCAUUGACUCACAGUUUUUAUUGUUGUGCGUGUGUGUGCGUGCCUGCGUGCGUGUGUGUGUGUUUGUCUCCUUACAGGUGUGGGCGUGGAAGGAGAACGUGUGGGAGAAGGAGAAGGGGACUCUGCUGGAGAGGUACACGGUGGAGCGGAGUAAACCUCACUCCCAGAGAGGGGCUGUCCUCUCCACCCUCACCAUCAACAACGUCAUGCAGUCUGACUUCCACUCGCCAUACAACUGUACCGCCUGGAACGCCUUCGGACCCGGGACUAUGAUCAUCACCCUGGAGGAGAAAGGUACACCUUGAAGCUGGCUGGAGUCUGGUCUAGCUGUAGUCCAUCCGACUCCCCCAGAGGCAAUCCCCGGGUCCACCACUUGCCCCUUUCCUAUCUGUUUCCCACACUAAUCUCCCCCUCUCAUUCAUGUAUGUAUCUAUCAAAAUCUAAAUAAAAUACAUACAGAGGGUGGAAUUCCACUCCACUUCAACACCUUAAAAAGUAAGUCACUUUGGAUAAAAGGCAUACAUUAGCAUUAAAUGUUGGUAUAACCAUGUGUCUCUGUCUCUCUUGUCUACAGAGAUAGUUCCAGUGGGGAUUAUAGCUGGUGGAACAGUUGGAUCCUCCAUCCUGCUCUUGCUCUUUCUGCUGGCUCUGGCCUUCUUCCUCUACCGCCAACGAAAAGGCAGUGAGUACUGUACCAACCAGCUACCACGCCCUCUGCAUGCAACAUUUGUGUGUGUGUGUGUGUGUGUGUGUGUGUGUGUGUGUGUGUGUGUGUGUGUGUGUGUCUAUCAUUCAUAUAGGACGUAUCCCAAAAAGCACCUGAUUCCCUAUAUAGUGUACUAUUUUUGUUCAGUGUGCCAUUUGAUACAGCCCAGAUGUCUGUCAUUGCAUAGGUGUGUGUGUGUGUGUGUGUGUGUGUGUGUGCGUGUUUGACAGCAGCCUCUGUCUUGUUUGGGUUCCAGGUCGACGUGGGGUCACUCUGGGGAAGCCAGACAUCAAGGUGGAGACGGUCAACAAGGAGACACACAGUCUGGAGGAGUCAGGGAGCGUUUCCACAGCAACACGCAUGGUCAAGACCAUGUACUCCGUGAGUACCCCACAACACCCACCGCUAUAACUCAAAUCAAACUUUAUUUAAAGUGCAAUUGUUUUGACAAUGGAGCGCCUCGAAAAAAACGCACCAGCUAUACCAUCUUGUAGUGAACCAAAGUGCAGUCCUGAACCUUUCUUUACUGUUGCAGUUUAUUUCAAGUGCAUUUAAAAUAUAGCAACAUACUUUACAGUAAAACAAUAAAAUUAAGGAUAAGGGGGACAUGGAUAGAGGGUUUAUGUUAUAUUUUACCUGAAGACUUCUCACAGGCUGAGGAUGUGUCCCAAAUAGCACCCUAUUUCCUAUGGGCCCUGGUCAUAAGCAGUACACUAUAAAGGGAAUAGGAUGCUAUUUGAGAUACACCCUUAGACUUCUCACAGACUGAAAAACAUCUGAAAUAGGCUACACAUUGAGAGUACUCUAUAAGAUUGGAUCAAUGCCAUUGGGUUGCAAUUUGAAAUACUGCUUUACAACUGUUAUUAAAACUUAUUUAUAGGUGCACUAUGCAGAAAUCGCUCUGCCAUUUCCCGGUUGCAAAAAUUCUAAUAGUUUGCCUAAUUUCAGUUUAUGUGACAAAACAAGCAAGUAUAGUGUAAAGAAUCAUUGUGCCAUCUUAACCGCUGUGAAAUAUAUUUUCCAUAAACAAAAAUAUUGUAUUUUCUGCUGUUUGAAACUGGUGUACAAAACCGAAAGUAAAAGAUGCAAAAACGAAACUUUAGAACGGGAAGCAUAGAAAUAGUGCACAUAGAACAGAUCUACAGCUUCUUAUGCUUGCGUGCAAUGAUAAUGACAGAUCUAUAACUCACAUUUCUAUGUGAAUUUGGUCGGGUCGCCCAAAAAGUUACCUAUUGCAGCUUUAAGACAGAAAGUGUUAUAGAAGCUAUAAGGUGCUGAAGCAUUUAAUUUUUGUUUGAGAACAAACCACUGACUGAAUUCCCCUUUAUGUGCUACAUGGCCCUGGCUAUAACAUUUUCAACUGUAGUCAACAAACAUUUAUCAAAUAACAUUUUCUUCUGUUUUCAUCAUAUGAAAAACCUGAUAUUCUGUUUUCCUCUUCCUUCCCUCCUUCUUUCUUUCUCUCCCUCUCUCUCUCUGUGUGUGUGUUUUGUUGUUUGACGGUUUAGUUUCUGCCCUCUGUCUCCCUCUCUUCCUCCACCCAGCCAUUCAAAGACGAUAUGGAUCUGAAGCAGGACCUGCGCAGUGAGCUCGAUACCCGCGAGGAGUAUGAAAUGAAGGUGAGCAACUCUCUCUCUCUCUGCUACUCACUUCAUACAACCUACCUCAAAACAACAAACAUCUCAUACAUACAGUGCCUUCAGAAAGUAUUCACACCCUUUGAGGUUUUCCACAUUUUGUUGUGUUACAGCCUGAACUUAAAAUUGAUUACGUUUAGAUUUUGUGUUAGUGGCCUACACACAAUACCUCAUAAUGUCAAAGUUGUGGAAUGAUGUUUUUAGAAAUGUUUACAAAUUAAUUAAAAAUGAAAGCUAAAAUGUCUUGAGUCAAUAAGUAUGAUUCAUCCCCUUUGUUAUGGCAAGCCUAAAUAAAAAUUUGCUUAACAAGUCACAUAAUAAGUUGCAUGGAUUCACUCUGUGUACAAUAAUAGUGUUUAACAUGAUUUUUGAAUGACUACCUCAUCUCCCCACACAUACAAUUAUCUGUAAGGUCCCUCAGUCGAGCAGUGAAUUUCAAACACAGAUUACGGUAAAUCACAAAGACCAGGGAGGUUUUCCAAUGCCUCGCAAAGAAGGGUACAUAUUGGUAGAUGGGUAAAAAUAAAAUAAGCAGACAUUGAAUAUCCCUUUGAGCAUGGUGGUUAUUAAUUACACUUUGGAUGGUAUAUCAAUACACGCAGUCAAUACAUACACUACCGGUCAAAAGUUUUAGAACACAUUUAACAUUUUUACAUUUAAGUCAUUUAGCAGACGCAACUUACAAAUUGGUGCAUUCAACUUAGGAUAGCCAGUGGGACAACCACAUCUUAGCCAGUGGGACAACCACAUCUUGAUCACAGUAAGUACACUUCUUCAAACAAGCAGCUGUGAGCAAAGUCAGUGCAAUCAGGGACAACUACAUCUCGAUCACAAUAUGUACAUUUCUUUAAACAAGUCAGUGCUAGCAGGUGAAAUAAGUCAGGUGUUAGUUUAGACAAAAGACAGUGGUAGUAAAUGGGGGGUAGAAGGAUUACUAUUAUACUAUUCCAGGUAUUCCUUAAAGAGGUAGGGUUUCAAGUGGUCCUCUGUAGCUCAGCUGGUAGAGCACGGCGCUUGUAACGCCAAGGUAGUGGGUUCGAUCCCCGGGACCACCCAUACACAAAAAUGUAUGCACGCAUGACUGUAAGUCGCUUUGGAUAAAAGCGUCUGCUAAAUGGCAUAUUAUUAUUUAUUAUUAAGUGUCUCCGGAAGGUGGUCAGUGACUCCGCUGUCCUGGUGUCGUGGGGGAGCUUGUUCCACCAUUGGGGUGCCAGAGCAGCGAAUAGCUUUGACUGGGCUGAGCAUGAACUGUGCUUCCGUAGAGGUAGGGGGGCUAGCAGGCCAGAGGUGGAUGAACGUAGUGCCCUUGUUUGGGUGUAGGGUCUGAUCAGAGCCUGAAGGUAAGGAGGUGCCGUUCCCCUCAUAGCUCCUUAGGCAAGCACCAUGGUCUUGUAGUAGAUGCGAGCUUCAACUGGAAGCCAGUGGAGUGUGUGGAGGAGCGGGGUGACGUGAGAGACCUACACCUACUCAUUCAAGGGUUUUUCUUUAUUUGGACUAUUUUCUACAUUGUAGAAUAAUAGUGAAGACAUCAAAACUAUGAGAUAACACAUAUGGAAUCAUGUAGUAACCAAACAAGUGUUAAACAAAUCAAGAUAUAUUUUAGAUUUGAGAUUCUUUAAAUAGCCACCCUUUGCCUUGAUGACAGCUUUGCACACUCUUGGCAUUCUCUCAACCAGCUUCAACUGGAAUGCUUUUCCAACAGUCUUGAAGGAGUUCCCACAUAUGCUGAGCACUUGUUGGCUGCUUUUCCUUCACUCUGCGGUCCGACUCAUCCCAAACCAUUUCAAUUUGGUUGAGGUCGGGGGAUUGUGGAGGCCAGGUCAUCUGAUGCAGCACUCCAACACUCUCCUUCUUGGUAAAAUAGCCCUUACACAGCCUGGAGGUGUAUUGGGUCAUUGUCCUGUUGAAAAACAAAUGAUGGUCCCACUAAGCCCAAACCAGAUGGGAUGGCGUAUCGCUGCAGAAUGCUGUGGUAGCCAUGCUGGAUAAGUGUGCCUUAAAUUCUAAAUAAAUCACAGACAGUGUCACCAGCAAAGCAGCCCCACACCAUAACACCUCCUCCUCCAUGCUUUACGGUGGGAAAUACACAUGCAGAGAUCAUCCGUUCACCCACACCGCGUCUCACAAAGACACGGCGGUUGGAACCAAAGAUCUCCAAUUUGGACUCCAGACCAAAGGACAAAUUUCCACCGGUCUAAUGUCCAUUGCUCAUGUUUCUUGGCCCAAGCAAGUCUCUUCUUCUUAUUGGUGUCCUUUAGUAGUGGUUUCUUUGCAGCAAUUCAACCAUGAAGGCCUGAUUCACGCAGUUUACUCUGAACAGUUGAUGUUGAAAUGUGUCUGUUACUUGAACUCUGUGAAGCAUUUAUUUGGGCUGUAAUUUAUGAGGCUGGUAACUCUAAUGAAUUUAUCCUCUGCAGCAGAGGUAACUCUGGUCUUCCAUUCCUGUGGCGGUCCUCAUGAGAGCCAGUUUCAUCAUAGCGCUUGAUGGUUUUUGCGACUGCACUUGAAGAAACUUUCAAAGUUCUUGAAAUGUUCCGUAUUGACUGACCUUCAUGUCUUAAAGUAAUGAUGGGCUGUCGUUUCUCUUUGCUUAUUUGAGCUGUUCUUGCCAUACUAUGGACUUGGUGGUAUUUUACCAAAUAGGGCUAUCUUCUGUAUACCCCCCCUACCUUGACACAACACAACUGAUUGGCUCAAACGCAUUAAGAAGGAAAUAAAUUCCACAAAUUAACUUUUAAGAAGGCACACCUGUUAAUUGAAAUGCAUUCCAGGUGACUACCCCAUGAAGCUGGUUGAGAUAAUGCCAAGAGUGUGCAAAGCUGUCAUCAAGGCAAAGGGUGGCUAUUUGAAAAAUCUCAAAUCUCAAAUAUAUUUAGAUUUGUUUAACACUUUUUUUGGUUACUACAUGAUUCCAUAUGUGUUAUUUCAUAGUUUUGAUGUCUUCACUAUUAUUCUACAAUGUAGAAAAUAGUAAAAAUAAAGAAAAACCCUUGAAUGAGUAGAUGUUCUAAAACUUUUGACCAGUAGUGUAUAUACAGGCGUCCUUCCUAACUCAGUUGCCAGAGAGGAAGGACACCACUCAGGGAUUUUACCAUGAGGCCAAUUCUGACUUUAAAACAGUUACAGAGUUUAAUGACUGUUAUAAGAGAAAACUGAGGAUGGAUCAACAACAUUGUAGUUACUUCACAAUACUAACCUAAUUGACAUAGUGAAAAGAAGGAAGCCUGUACAGAAUAAAAAUGUUGCAAAACAUGCAUCCUGUUUGAAAGUAAAACUGCUAAAAAUGUGGCAAAGAAAUUAACUUAAUGUCCUGAAUACAAAAUGUUAUGUUUGGGGAAAAUCCAACACAUCACUAAGUACCACUCUUCAUAUUUUCAAGCAUGGUGUUGGCUGCAUCAUGUUAUGGGUAUGCUUGUCAUUGGCAAGGACUAGGGAGUUUUUUAGGAUAAAAAGAAAUGGAAUAGAGUUAAUCACAGGAAAAAUCUUAAAGGAAAACCUGGUUCAGUCUGCUUUCCAACAGACACUGGGAGACAAAUUCACCUUUCAGCAGGACAAUAACCUAAAACACAAGGCCAACUAUACGCUUGAGUUGCUUACCAAGACGACAAUGACUGUUCCUGAGUGGCCUAGUUACAGUUUUGACUUAAAUUGGCUUGAAAGUCUAUGGCAAGACUUGAAAAUGUCUAGCAAUGAUCAACAACCAACCUGACAGAGCUUGAAUAAUUUUAAUAAUGUGCAACUAUUGUGCAAUCCAGGUGUGCAAAGUUCUUAGAGAUUUACCAAGAAAGACUCACAGCUGUAAUCUCUGCCAAAGGUGAUUCUAACAUGUAUUGAAAAUUAGAUAUUUCUGUAUUUCAUUUUCAAUAAAUUUGCCAACAUUUCUAAAAACAAGUUUUCACUUUGUCAUUAUGGGGUAUUGUGUGUAGAUGAGUGACUGUAUACAACACAAUACACAUAAACACAUCACACAAAAAUAUCACAUUGACUACCUUACACCUCAAAUAUGCUGACACCUCAAAUUUAAACACUCAUGUAAGCUUGUAAAAAGCUCACAAUAGCCUCACCUCUAUCCUUAGGACAAUACAACGCACAACUUACACACAACAUAUCACACAAAAUAUCACAUUGACUACCUCACACCUCAAAUAUGCUCACAUCUCAAAUGUAAUCACUCAUGUAAGCUUGUAAAAAGCUCACAAUAGCCUCACCUCUAUCCUUAGGACAAUACAACGCACAACUUACACACAACAUAUCACACAACAUGACUACCUCACACCUCAAAAAAUGCUCAAACCUCAAAUUUUAUCCCAUGUGAAAAAAUCUCACUAUUUCCUCAUCUCUAUUCUUAGGAUCCAACGAACGGCUACUACAAUGUCCGUGCGACCACCCACGACGAUGCCAGGCCGUCGUCCCGCUCUAUGCUGUACCAGGGAGAGUUCCGGACCUCCAACCCUACGGGGGGAGCUACAGGAGCUACCGCCAAUGGACCAGCAGGGGGCCCCGGUGGGGCGGUGGUGGCAGGAGGGGUCCUGGGGAAACCGGGGUCACGGGCAGUGUGCUACGACCCCCGACCUCCGUCCAGGAUGUCUCAUACUAGCUAUGCCCAGUUUAACACCUUCACUAGGGCGGGGCAGAGCCAAGCCCCGCCCAACAUCACCCAUCCCUCCCAUCCCGCCUCACAGACCAGCGAAUUCCCCGGAGACUGCGGCCUAUUGGACAGCAACACUCAGCUGACCUAUGACAACUACGGCUACCCCGCCCAGUAUCCCACCUAUCGGAUGGGCUUUGCCCCGUCCCCGGAAGGAGGACCAGCCUAUGAGAUGUACCCGACUGGACAAGGGGUGGGACCAGGACCAGUCCAAGGACCAAUCCAAGGCCUAGGACUAGGUCCUGGUCCAGAAACUGUGCUUGGGAAGUAUGGAACCUCCACCCGCUUCUCCCACGCCUCUCCUCCUGGUACGGACUACAACCAGAGACACACGCAGAGGAUGCAGACACACGUG